GCCUGUGGCACAGCGCUCUUUCCGCCCCUCAGGAGAGUCGGCCUGGCUGCGGCGGGAGCCCUGCGAAGGGCGCUCUGGGGGAGGCGAGCGGGGCUGCAGGGCACCCUGCGUGUGGGGUGCUGAGGUGCUCGGUCACCUGGGGUGUGGGCUGUUUAGCUUAGGGUAUCCAGCUCUGCGUUCAAGCCCUUAGUAAUGUGUACCUUCUUUGUCAGUUUUAACUUGCCAGGCGAGGUGUGCUGCUAACGAGGUACGCAUCUGAGAGAGAAAUGAGCUGCUGUUGAAACGCUGAAGGCUGAGAUUAGAAACCGAGGUUUCAGUUCUACAGUUAACGGCGGGUAAUCUGAGUAAACCUGAAGAUCUCAUGCUGCAGAAUUGAAGCUGCUGUCUUUGCUGUGUGAGGAGGGUGUUAAAUGAGAAUAAAAACACCUGAGGCUGAGGGAAAUCUAGAGAAGGUGCUGGUGGGUUGCCAGUAAUGUCGGCAUUGCUGCCAGGUGGUCCCAGUGCUGCAGGCUCAUACGCCUGUGUGCUCCUUGGAUCUGUUCGGUGCAUAGAGACAUGGAUGGGAGAUAAAAAAACCCAACACGGGUGGAUUUUGAUGAACAGAAGUUUAAUAGAGUUUAAACAAAAUAAUGUAGUACAGAAAAAGUACUAAUCGUUGUGCCCAGCUACAUGAAGCCCAUAGCUGUAUGUAUAGCUCUCCAUUUAUUUUUCCUUCAAGCACCUCUGCACAACAUGCAUUUCUGUACAAAACCAGGCACAGGUAAUACAGUUUGCCAUGUUUGAGGCACGCAAUUGAAAACCCACUUUUUCAGUUCCUGCAAAUGGAACAGCAAUCUUGAUUUAAGAUACUUACAGAUUUUUAAAACUGUGGCCAAAUACUCUUAAGUUUUGCACUGCCUCAUGCGAAGAAUAGUUUAGAAUUGAAGAUUACUAUUACUCCUUUUGUGUACUCAUGAAAGGCUUGUAAAAGAACUGUUUUAUUGUAUAGAAGGGAGGCUCCUAGAAGGGAGGGAGAAAGUCUGAAUGAAAUAAGUGGUGUAGAAGUAAAACUGCAAUAGCAUUCAGGAGAGCUUAGGAGAUAAAGUAUCAACAUGUGCUGGUUGCCUUUAUCUAAGAUCCCUUUGAAUCUAAACCAAAUCUGUGGAUUCAGGAUGCUCUGACUGCUCAGGGAUUUGGAAAUUAGAUGGUUUGGGUAAAAAUGCAUGUGCAGAGUUGAAUUUUCCAAGUUUUCACUGGAUUUUGGCUUGCAGGAACUCUGCAAACAGACAUUGGAAAAACUUUGGCUUUCAGUUUGACUUUGGCAUGCUGUUGUUUGGCUCUUGCACACUAGCGAUCUGUUCACAUUGAUCGUAAAAUAAUGACUAGAAACCUAACCUGCAACUUAGGCUGUUGAAGUAACUUCUGGAAGGUUUUGUUUCCUUCUCUUUCCCCCACCCCCUUAAGACAAAAUGUCUUAAGGGAUUUGUUUGCAAUCUGCUAGCUGAAGCUCUGAGGCAAGUUUGCCAGAUCUGAGGCUGCAUCAUCAUUCUACACAUCUGGAAGUGGUUUAUGGGCUCUCAUUCCUCCAGUGCAGCGUCUGGACUCUGUGCUAUUCCUCAGCAGCAGAGAAAGAAAACCAGCACAACUCCAAAGUAAACUUUGAAGAGCCUGAAAAAGGAACUGAAUCUUAAAACUGUUACUGUGCCCUGUAAGGCCCUUGUGCGGGGGACUUCAAAGGAGGAUGAUGGUCAAGGAAGCUUUGGCAAGAGUGCUUACAGCUGUGGGCUAUUUAGGAUCCCAGUAAAUAGCUCUACAGCUCUUCAGGAGAGAGGAGUCUCGAAUACUGUGCUGCUUUGAAGAGGACUUGGCAACUGAGUUAGGGACUGCCAGGUUCCAGGAACUAAUGUCUACAGUCAGGGAAAAAUGAAUCACAGUUCUCAUCCAACAGGACACAUGGCUCUUUUAAAGAAAAAACUCUGCACAUGAAUGCUGUUCAUACUUGCAAUUGAGGUGUGGCCCCGAGACAUAAGAGGUUCUCAUCAACUGUCAGGUUAACCAGAUCUUACUGUUACUUCUUGUCUUAACUGUGUGCGCCAUUCUGUAUAAUAAAGUUCACCAAGUGCCAUCUGCAUUAAAGAAUGAAACAGUUGAUUUGGAGAGUCCAGAGGAAAUGGAAGAAGAAAUCCCAGUUGUAAUCUGCGCUGCUGCGGGCAGAAUGGGUGCAGCAGUAGCAGCGAUCAGUAGCAUCUACAGCAACACAGAGGCUAAUGUUUUGUUCUACAUAGUUGGGCUGAAGACUACCAUCCCACAUAUUCGAAGAUGGAUUGAAAAUUCUAAACUGAAAGAGAUAAAAUUUAAGGUUGUGGAAUUCAACCCUAUGGUACUAAAAGGAAAAAUCAGACAAGAUGCAUCACGCCCAGAGCUACUGCAGCCUCUGAACUUCGUUCGAUUUUACCUUCCUUUGCUUAUCCAGAAACAUGAGAAAGUAAUCUAUUUGGAUGAUGAUAUCAUUGUUCAAGGUGACAUCCAGGAACUCUACGAUACUAAGCUGGCUCCUGGACAUGCUGCAGCUUUUUCAGACGACUGUGAUCUGCCUUCCACACAUGAAAUGGUUAGAAGUGUAGGGAUGCAGAACACGUACAUGGGAUUCCUGGACUACAGAAAGCAGGCAAUUAGAGAUCUUGGCAUCAGCCCCAGCACCUGCUCCUUUAAUCCUGGAGUAAUUGUUGCUAACAUGACCGAAUGGAAACAUCAACGGAUUACGAAGCAGUUGGAAAAGUGGAUGCAAAGAAAUGUAGAGGAAAACCUCUACAGCAGCACCCUUGGGGGAGGUGUGGCAACCUCUCCAAUGCUGAUUGUGUUUCAUGGAAAGUAUUCCACUAUUAAUCCUAUGUGGCACAUAAGGCAUCUUGGUUGGAGCCCUGAUGCUCAUUACUCGGAGCAUUUUCUUCAAGAAGCAAAAUUACUUCAUUGGAAUGGGAGAUACAAACCCUGGGACUAUCCCAGUGUUCACACUGAUCUCUGGGAAAACUGGUUUAUUCCCGAUCCUUCAGGGAAGUUUAAAUUAAUUCGGCCUGAGAGCUGAUACUGAAACCACUGCACCGCACUGAGACGCUAUGGUUUGCAGUACGUAAUAGUUCGAGAUGCAAGAUGUUGUGUAAUUCACUGAUUUUUAGAAAGCUAAAAGGAUUUGUUAACUAGGUAAGUGACCAUCAGUUUUGUGUGCUUACAGCUGGAAAAUUGUUGAGGAAUUUUCAUUAAAUGUUUACAGAGGUGAAAGUCCA